AGAAAACACCGUACUAGAUCUUUACGGUUUCCUCGUAUAAACAUACUGGCCCAGCGAUACAGUGCCGCAGUGAAAAGCUAGUGAAUAUCUUUGGCAAUUGGACAGUGCACAACGGUGCAAGAAGAUCGAGCAAAUUGAUGUAUUCGGAGUUUCCGUGCGUGUGGUUCUAUCUAACAGAAGGCGCAGUGCUUACCUCUACCAACAUUCGAUACAGCACUAAUCUAACACUUCACAAACAACACAAAAGCUAUACCAAACCCUGGGAUUUACAACCAACCGCAGUGGAAACAGUGACGUCAAAAUGGUGAACGAAUACACGGGACCACCUCCGCAGGAAAUGGAAACAUUCCUGCCUCAGGAUGGAAAAAACGGAGCCACUGUGUACAAGUUUACACCCGCCAAAUCUGAUGUCGAGGCAAAUGGUACAAUGCAGUUCGAUCCGUUUAAAGAACGGAAACUGGAACACCCAACAACUGAUGGCGAAACAUUAACUCAUUUGUUGAAGGCUUCGCUCGGUACGGGUAUCCUGGCGAUGCCGGUCGCGUUCAGCUAUGCUGGUCUUGUGGGAGGUAUCUUGGCUACCGUGUUCACUGCUUUCAUCUGCACGCACUGCGCCUACGUACUGGUGAAGUGUGGGCACACACUGUACCGUCGCACCCAUCGAACAGCGAUGAGCUUCUCCGAGAUUGCCGAGGUUGCGUUCGAGAAUGGACCGGAAUGGGGCCGUCGGUUUGGCAUGCCUACGUCUUAUUGUAUCCGAUACGGAUUGUUCAUAACGUAUUUCGGCACCUGCGCCGUCUAUACCGUCAUCAUUGCAACCAACUUCCAGCAGGUGAUCGAGUAUUACUACGGCAGUCCGUUGAAUCUGCGCGUCAUGAUUGCGUUGCUGCUUGUCCCGCUGAUCCUACUGUCGUGGGUACCGAAUCUAAAGUACCUCGCACCGGUCUCCAUGGUCGCUAACGUGUUUAUGGGCGUUGGAUUGGGCAUUACGUUCUACUAUCUCGUCACCGAUAUGCCAUCGGUCGAAUCGCGUCCCCUAUUCCUACCCAUUAUGCAAUGGCCCGCAUUCUUUGCCAUUGUCAUCUUUGCUAUGGAGGCUAUCGGUGUGGUGAUGCCGCUGGAAAAUCAGAUGAAAACGCCUCAGAACUUUAUCGGUAUUUGCGGCGUGCUAAACCAGGGUAUGGCUGGUGUUACGCUGAUCUACAUCCUGCUCGGUUUCCUCGGUUACGUUAAGUAUGGUGAUGCGGCGGAAGGAAGCAUUACGCUCAAUUUGCCAAUCGAUGAAAUUCCCGCCCAAGCAGUAAAAAUCCUGAUUGCCUUGGCAGUGUACUGCACGUUUGGACUGCAGUUCUACGUGUGCCUUGAUAUUGGCUGGGUUGCCAUCAAGGAUCGCUUCACCAAGCGACCGAGGCUGGUUGAGUACGUUAUGCGCACUAUCCUCGUCACUGCUGCCGUCCUGCUAGCCGUCGCUGUCCCGACCAUCAGUCCGUUUAUUGGUCUCAUCGGUGCAUUCUGCUUCUCGAUCCUGGGCUUACUGAUCCCAAUUGUCAUCGAGAUGGUCACGUACUGGGAGGAAGGGUUCGGACCCGGUAACUGGAUCGUGUGGAAGAACGUAGUCGUCUUCGUUUUUGGUAUCGUUGCGCUCGUGUUUGGUUCCAAGAACGCCAUAGAGGAGAUUCUUGCCCUGUACACUUAGGUCUGCAGCACCUUAGCCAGUGGAGCAUUCAAUGAAAAUUGGCUCAAACACCAUCAAGCAAUUACACCGACGAACACCUAACUAGAGGGAUUUGCUGACUGAGAAUCAAACUGCCUUUCGUUUGCUUUUCUACAGCUACAAUUUUCUAUCUGUUUUGCUAUUUAGACUUUUGGUUUAUUGCACGGCUUUUGUGCAUAUGCGCCAAGCGCAAUCUUACGUUGGAUGGGACGUCUUCUUCAUCCAGAUAAGUGUGUGUGAAUAAGCGGAGAAAAAUAACGUGUGCCCACUGUCGUUUCAAAUAUUGCAAACUUCUGGAGUUCACUUAUAACGGGAAAUGGGAGUGCAGAAUAUCCGGAAAUAGGAGAUGUUUAUUAGGCUGGAACCAUCCUUAAUACACAUACACAAGUGCCUCAAGUAUAGUAGAGCAACAGCUGAUAUUGCGUAUUAGUGUAGCAGCGGACAGUAAAACAGACACACAUUGCAACUUAACCCAACAAGCAACAAUGUCUUUAUCUGCUAUGUGGCCAUUGUUGUUGACCAGGCGCUGGCGAUCCUGCGUCUGGUGUACGUGUUUUUUCCUUCAGUUUUUUGGAAAAAAUGGAAGUUAACAAAACAACAUUUUGGACACGUUGUUUAGCUUUUGAAGCGUUGAAUCGCCCGUUCUCAGGGAUGAUGAGUGAGCAUUUCAUACAGUUAUACAAAACCGCGGAAAACAAAACAAAAACUACUCUACAUACAGCUAACGAAUGGUGGCAAGUGGACGAUGCGCAAAUGUUUGACUGUCCAAAUUGUAACGUUUUGUUUUAUUUCUGUCGCUGUCAGCCAUGUGUUGCUUUUAUCAACAAGUUUUUGUUGUUUUUCUGAAUUUGUGCGUAGCCCAAUGCCUCCACAAAUCAGUUUCCCAGACUACGAUUACCGAUAAGAGCGCCACUCAAUAUAAACAACACGCAGUAAUUGCUGAUUUGUCUUAUCAAAUGUUGAUCUCGUGCUACGAGGUUGACUAACCAUCCCCAGGCAUACACGAACGUGUUAAUGGUUCUUUUUAUAAAAGAACCAUUUUCCAUGGUGUUCAAAUCCAUCAAAGUAAAAAUGGAAAAGGUCAUCCUUAUCCAAGGCAAAUUCAAAUUUGAAUGAAACGAAAACGCGCAGUGCGAGAGAUUUGAUCCAACAUUAAAAACAGACUGUAGCGUAGCCACUUCCAACUAUCCUCCUAAUUUUGAAACUUCAACGGAUUACCCGGACCCGAAAAACCCACCGGCUUUCUCGCUUUGGCAGGUUUGAUUGUUAGGCAGAACGAGAUAGCAUGUCGAUUUUUCCAUUCGGGUUAUCCGUUUUAACCCGUCAGAAUAUGAAGGGUAUGUAUGGAUCUUUGGGACAAUCAUUCGGCAAAUGCGCGCAAUCAAUUAUACCGUUUAACGUGGCAAGCGCCAUGUCGAUUUCCAUGAACUUUCCAUUCUAGUCACGUCGGAUCUCUCAGACUGAGGACAGACGAAAAGAACGCUAGAUAGCAAUGCAGCCAUCGUCAAUCGUCUGCCAUCACGACAGGAUAAUGGUAAUGGUAAUCAGUCGACGUGUCGUGAACGGAAAGGCAUCUAAAAAUGGCAUGGCGUUUAGUAUGUUAAUGCGCUUUCCACAGAGCAUUCUAAGUCCUUUUUGUUUCACCGAAGAAGGAAACCUACCAAACAACGCUCAAAAUCGGUAACUUUUGCAUAACGUUAUACUUGAUCGUUCCCAGACGUAGUACUUCAUUCAUUUACCUUUGUUUGUUAGUUUGUUUGUUUGCUUCCAUUCCUAUAAUUAAUCAUGUUUUCUCAUUGGCCCGCAUUAGAUUAAGUGAAUAUUGGAAAAAUAAGUAUGAACAUUAUUUCGGUGCCAGAGCUGAACGGCACGUUAAGAUUUACAUUGACUGUAAGAAACCGUAUGAUUGCUGAAAAAAGAAACAAAUAAGGAAAAAAUCAAUAUGAUAAAUACACUAGUAAGAUUACAUGA